AGAACAAAAGGUAAAGUAGGGCCCUGAGGCUGGGGAACGAAGGAGACAGGAGAUUCUUGGAGAUUUCCGUUCUUGACAAGAACGGAAGAGAGAAGGUAGUGCUCCGGAUCGCAUGUAGGACAAUCGGAGACUAUGAGGUUUUGAAAAAAGUUUGGGCUCGAAUUCCGAAGAAUAAGGAUGAAAAGAGGUAGCACUCCAGAUCGAGUAUAAGACGAUUGGAGACUACGUGGAGCCAGAGAAUCUAUAGGAAGGAAUUCCUAAACAAAGACCUUGAAAGGAGCCACAGAAAGAACCAUACGAGAGGCCCACUGGAAGGAUGAGAAGUAACGUUCCAAGUAAAGCUCCAGAGUGGUGUCCCACUCAAGAUUACGAACUCAAGAAAAUCCCAGCGCCUCAAAUGGAUAAGAAAGACGAAUUAAAAUUAUUUGAUUUGGAUCGUUCGUUGGAAGAUGAUGAGAUACUGACAGCCGUUAAACAGUUGAAAGUAGACGAUGAAAAGCCAGAAAAUAAGGAAAUUUCCUUAACGGAUUCGUCGGAAAGAUCGGCAAUGUCGGAAGAAAUUCAAAAUUUUAUAAAAGAAGUGAUGAAGAAUUUUGGGGACGCUCCGGCUCUUCCCGAAUGUUUGAAGUUCUGUUCGCGACGUGCCUGUCGAUUCGAAGUUCCCGCAGAUCUUAGAAAAUUGCAAAAUUGUUCGCCUGUUGUUUAUCUUCAGAAUUACUGUAUUGUGGAAAAGAAUAAAGCAUUAAUUUAUAAAAAAUAUUUUGAACUCUUUGAAAAUGAUGCUUAUAUUAAAUCACAUCGUCUACUGGACGUAUUUAGUAAUAUAUUUGGCCGGAGAAUUACCGAGGAUGAGAAGAUAAAAUUCUAUAAGUUGCUAGAUCUAAAUCCUGAAGUUAACGUCAAACGUGACAUGUUUAUCAUCUUGGCAGCAUUCAUGGAAAGAAUUUUAAGCUCUAACUUCAAAAACGGCCGAUUUGGCGACGAGAGAAAUUACAUCGAACGCCUCGAAUUUGAUUCCCUAAUUUCAAAAUUGGACGUUGUCGAGAUGCCAUUAAAUUUAUGGAAUUUAUUAUGUUUUGUCCAGAAUUCAUGAAGUGUUAUCAAAAGCCCGUA